GGGGAGCUGAGAAGUGUCUGGUUGAGCAUUUCAGGCUUCGGAGCCGGAUCACAUCUUGCGCUCGUGAAGGUACAGUUCAUGGUCUUCGUCUACCUGACUGUUGUAUCCAACAAUCAAGCCACUUGGAGGCAUUUCUUGAGACUCUUUUUUAGUUCCUUAUGCGAAGGUAGCUGUUCUCUUGUUGAAUUUGUGUUCCAUCUGGCAGAAAACUGGCUUGCUAGAAUUUUUCUUCUCUGAUCGAUUGGUCAUCCCUUCUGUUCUCUUUGCUCUUGGCCUUCUCCUGGUUGGAUUGUAAUCAUGUAGAAGUUCAGACAAGUCAUUGUCGAGCCAACGCGAAGAGGAGGAACAGAAAAUAUCCGUUUUAAUCAACCUCUCUCUCUCUGAUCUGUGAGUUGCUGAAGUAUAGCAAAUAGCGAUCGAUAGAACUCGAUUUCCUCCAAGAAAUGGGCUGCCUGUGUCUCUUCCAGGACAAGUGCAGGAUCAAGAAACGGUCGGGGAUAACCGCGCCGGCGCCGGCCUCCCCACCUGCUGCCGUGGGCAUCAUCUCCUCUGCCGUCUCCACCGAGGCGGGCUCCAACGUGUCCGUGCCCGCCGCCCCGUCAAGCACGUGCACGUCGUCGUGGGCCAACGCCACGAAUUGCCCGUCAGAGUCCUCGAGCGCCGGCGCGAGGCCGUCAGCGUCGAGCUCCUCGGCGCGGAGCACCCCGGAGCUGUACGACGCGAGGCAGAGCGGCCCGCGGGAGCUCGCGCUCCGCGAGCUCCGCGGCGCCACGGGCAACUUCAGCCCGCUGCUCAUGGUCGGCCAGGGCGGCUUCGGGUGCGUCUACCGGGGCGUCCUCCGCCUCCCCAGCGGCCCACCUCAUGGCACUCCCGUCGCUGUCAAGAGGCUCAACCUCGACAGCCGCCAGGGGCACAAGGAAUGGCUGGCCGAGGUGCAGCUCCUGGGCGUCUUGGAGCACCCCAACCUCGUCAAGCUCGUCGGGUACUGCGCGUCGCAGACGGAGCGAGGCCAGCAGCGGCUGCUGGUCUACGAGUUCGUGCCGAACAAGACGCUGGACGACCACCUGUUCGACCGAUCCCACCCCGUCCUUCCGUGGGGCGUCAGGCUGCGGGUCGCGCUGGGCGCCGCCGAGGGGUUGCUCUACCUCCACGAGGGCCUGGAGUUUCAGAUCAUAUACCGUGAUUUCAAGGCCGCGAAUGUGCUGCUGGAUGAGGAGUUCAGACCAAAACUGUCAGACUUUGGAUUAGCGAGGGAGGGGCCAUCGGAAGGUCAGACGCAUGUGUCCACAGCGGUGAUGGGGACGUACGGCUACGCAGCCCCGGACUACGUCAGGACAGGGCACCUCACGGCCAAGAGCGACGUGUGGAGCUUCGGGGUGGUGCUGUACGAGAUCCUCACCGGCCGGCGGUCGAUCGAGAAGAGCCGGCCCAAGGAGGAGCAGAAACUCCUCGAGUGGGUGAGGCGCCACCCCGCCGAGAGCGCGCAGUUCGGUCGGAUCAUGGACGUGAGGCUCCAAGGGAGGUACUCCAUGAGAGCAGCCGCUGAGGUAGCCGAGCUCGCCGCCGGCUGCCUCGCGAAGCACGGCAAGGACCGCCCCGCGAUGGCGGAGGUGGUCGAGAGGCUGAGGCGGGCGACGCAGCACGACGAGCUGGAUGGCGAAGUGUAUCCUCCUCCGGAGGAGAGCUCACCGCUCUGUCAGGAGGCGGAGGCGGAGGCGGAGGCGCUGGCUGCGGAGGACGACGUGGCCGUGGCCGCCGCGGCGGCUAGGCGGCGGAUGCUCCACCUGGCUGCUCUUGGGGAGAACGCGAACGCUCACGCGAGGAGAAGGCUCAUGCUCAUGAGGGCGGCUGCUGCUGCCACUGCUGCGACGUGACCUCUUCAUUCUCUUGUCGGAGUUGAGACUCCUUGCUCCAGCCAUAUUUGUAAA